AAGUAAGCUUUAUUUCAAAUAAAAUCACGUUCCUUAACACGAAUGGUGUAAGCUUAAUGGAGCACAAAAGAAAAGAACUUGUUGGAGGUAACGAAAGUUCUAACAAUCGUAUUCUUUCGAUCGAUCGAUGGAGUGCGGAGAAUUCCUAAUGCAAUCGCAGCAACUUUAUACCCCAAACUAAACAUUAAAAAGCACUUCACGGAAUUCAAGGUAGAUAAGAAACCGAAUAACAUUACUCGCCUGGUCGCUUGCUAGAUCUCAGAUUCACAUAGCGUUGCUUGUGAUCGAUCAACGCUCUACUGAGACUUCCAAGUUGUGCCAGAUGUCACGUGGUUAUUCUCACUCUUCCGUCACGACUGCCAACGAUUUUGUUGAGAAGGAAACACCUUGUGCCUUACUUGGUCAUUCCACACACAAUGAAAGUAUAUGCCGCAUACGGAAAUACGCAAAGCCUAAGGUUCACAUUUUUAACGGUAUUAUGACCUACAAUUUGCCUGCAUGUAGUAACGCCAGAGGCUUUUAAUGUUCCUUUUUCCUUCAUUGAUUAACUAAGCAAAGAACAACAGUAGAAUUAAUUAGGAAACUCUAGAAGCCUAAGUUAAGUUAAUCAUUCCAAAACAUAAUGGCUAAUUAAUAAUCAUUAGUAUGCCUAUAUGUCCAAAGCCAUUGCUAUGGAACAAUAAAUUCACGGAGAUAUUUUGGUGGGUUACACCUGGGUAUGUAUAGUCAAAUACAACUUUGCCUUUCUCCACCAAUACCAGUAAACAUUGGACUACAAAAGUCAAGUCAUCGAGUACACCCCAGGUAAGACGAUGAGACGCAAAUUUUUCAUAUAAAUUCUUGGGAAGCAAAAGAGAAUAAGAUGAGAGAAGAGCUUUAGAGUUUAGACUUAUACAAGCACCAUAGAAUAUCUAAUACUACCUGGUAACUAUAAUACCCUCAAACAACGAAAUUAUCACUUUGCGGAUAAGAAAUCCUAGUUCCACGCCGAAAAUCCCCGCAUCUUCCUUUCGAAAGUUACCAAACAAAGAAAGAUGCCGUCUUGAACGCCCACCAAAAAGGUAGGCAGUCUCUUGCUCUAUGCGAACGCAGCACGAAUGACUAUCAUGGCAUCUGUCUAACCUUCACGAGUUGGCUUUCAGACCUCAUAGGAUGUGCAAGUCUCAAAGAAAUGGACUGUUGUUAGUUUCCUUGUUGUUUUUUAUCCCAAUUCUUGCCGCAAGUGAACAUCGGUAUCACGGAUCAGACUAUCAAAUUACCGGCUUAUUAAAAUCCCUGCUCAACAUUCCGUACAGAUGGGGGCAAAAUCUGCUGGACAAAACGCAAUGGAAUUCAAAGAAAUUGAUUGAAGACAACAGGGAAACAACAGAUUUGUCUGCACUGGCAGAACUGAAGAGGUCAAACAAUUUAGAAUUACCAAGCAGGACUAUUGAAAGCUCAAUAGUUGCAAAUGAAGAUUUACAGGUAUCACAUUUUAGACCAUUUGCUGUACGGGAGAACCGACAAGGAAACGGUUGCGUCUGUAUACCAAAUCCAGAAUGUUUAAUCACUUGUUCAGCACUGGAAAUUCAAUGUGGACAAACUUGUACUCGCGUUACCGUUUACACUGCUUGCUAUGUUCAAGGACCUGUAUAUGAACCUCCAUAUUUGUCAACAAGUGUAACAACCUACAACAAUAAUUGCAUCACCGGCAAUUGCUUGGUCAACUAUGUGCCUCCUGUAGCGAUAGUAGUAGGUGGUAUGGUAGCAAUAGCUCUAGCUGUUGCAAUUCCGCUCGGUAUUAAUCCACCGCCGGUUGAGCGUAUUCCACCCGAACCGAUCGCCGACUUUUUGGUUAUCGAAGAUAAGAUUCCUUUCAACAAUCAGCCAUUUAUUGAAAAAGACUUUCCUCCGGACGGAUGUGGAAAUAAUUCCGUGCAGAUGGAAAUUGGUGAUUUGAAUAGGAAUUUGAAUCGGAAUAGAUCCAGUGAUGGAAAUAGACCUAGUGAUGAAAAUUGCGAGCCGCUUUUGAGAAGAGGAAAUUGCCGCAGUCCACAAUACUGGGUCACCGUAAAUCCCACUACAUUGAAGGGACGUUGCACUCCACGUCUUUGCGGUCGGGAACGAGUGUUCGUCGGUCGUGAUGGACUUUGUCACGAUAUUUACGAUCCAGGCGAGUGCCAAGGUGGCCGGCGACUUUACUAUUCUCCUUUUGGAGAUCCCAUCUGCGAUUGUCCAAUCGGAGAAUAUCCUUUUCCGAACGCCGAAAACAAUUGCGUUGCACUUUUCACCCAAGGACCCUGCCGAGAUGGGAGUAUAGUGGGCAUUAGUUCACAGGGUCAAUUGGAGUGCAUGCCUUCCACAUGUCAAUCAACCAACGUUGGAGAUAAAUCUCUACAGUUGCUGCCGGCCGAGGAUGGACAAUGCUACGCUCUAGGAACACAGGGUCCCUGUUCACCUCCCUCUUUGUUGGGUUAUGACAUCUUCAAACGCCAAAUGGAGUGUGUCAAUGUUCAAAAUGAUACCUCGCCCUAUUUCACUUCUCCUGAAGAAGAGGCACUGGUCGAUAGCAUCUACAACCAGCUCUCUCCGGACUUUGACGACUUCCGAAUUUCAAUGGUCUUUGAAAGUUCAGUAGGAACCAACGACAUCGGCCAGCGUAGGCAAGGUGCUACCACCGGUGGAAUAUUUCAAUUCCCUAGCUCUUCACCGGAAACACUAUUAAAUCCUUGUCGACCUGGAGCACGACGGGAGAUGAAUUAUAAAUGCACGAAUCCAUUAGUACCCAAUCCGAGAAGAAGGGAACCGUUGCAAGCUGUUCGGCCGGCAUUUCAGUGUCCGCCGAAUAGAAAUUUGCAAGCAACGGGCAGGUGCGUGACCGAUAAUCGCAGCACGAAUUGUGGACCAUCUUUUCGGUUCAACCCUGUUACUGGACAAUGCCGAAGUAUCUUCUAACGUAUGUGGAAUGCGUUUAGCCUCUAUCCAAACAAGAUACGAUUCAAACGUUGAGAGAAAAAAGAAUGCUUGGCGGACUAGUUCUGAAAAGCUUUAAUCAAAACAGACGCUUUAAAUAAGAAUAAAAUGAAAUGAAUAAGUUAUUUUCUGCUCGACCUAAACAUAAUCUAAUCACGGCAAUAUUUUUUGCAACAUUUCAACAAUGUAAUUAUUCUAUCAAUGAAAUUGAUGAUAACUUUGAUGUACCUCAAUGAAAAACAAAUUGUUGAACAACAAUAUAGAAAUAUUUCUGGUUGUGACUUAA